AUGUCUCACGCCUUCGCGCUGUACGCCGCCGGACUCGGAGUGUUCGAGGUGCCCACCAUGCUGCUGCUGCUGCUGCGCGGUGAUCCCCUCGGCAAGGCGACGCCGUGGUUUGACCGCGUGGCGCCGUUUGAGAGGACGUCGUAUGCGUACAUGUACUUGGCCGUGCUCGCGCUGCUGGCAACGUCGCGGUUUCUGGCGGCCUACUUGCCGAGGCAUCGUCUGCUGCAGAUCCACAACGCACUGGUGCACGCACUGGAGCUGCCGCUAUUUGUGUCACUCCUGUGGCUGAGGCAAGGCCCCAUCCCUCCUCUCUGUUACAUCCUUGUGGCAUUCAUGGUGGUAAAUUGUGGCGUGUUUGGCUUCCAUGCGUACAUGGUGGUCGCAUGCAGACAGUUCAGCGACGUCACGAGGGAGAAGAAAAGCAAAUGA